AUGCCUUUAUAUCCAUCGGCGGGUCGGGGACUGGCUCUGAUCUAGGACAUGCAAGGUUUAGCAACAUACACCGAUUGCAAUGUAUCUACUUUGUAGAUCAGUCGGGGACGUCCGGCUAAUCGGGCCUGUAAUACGUUCGCGAAAUUUUAUUACAUUUUUUCUGUUCCUGGUUUGCAACCUACUAACGUGUCUAUGGAGGUUGUAAAUGCUCGGUCAGCACUCUUAUCAAACUUUGAAGUCCUAAACCUCCUUCGCGAACUAGAUGCGGAGCACAUCGCCCGCACAAAAACUGCCAUCCGUGUCAAAAAAGAAGAAGAGGCUGCGGGAAAGAACUCGCAUGACACUCAUACUGAAGAGAUAAGCGAGAACCUUCGCACAGUCGAGCUGGAAGCUAUUCAAUAUCUAUCUGCGGACUACCAGCCGAGCCUCCAUCAAUCAGACGCGAGCAUCACGCAGCUCGUGGGCGGUCUUCAGUCGUUUGGAUUGUCGAAAGCAGAAAAGCUUCAGAUAGUCAACUUGGCUCCGACUGAGCCGGUAGAGCUAUAUGUUAUCGUCGAAGAACUCGAAGAUCGGUUGGGGAACCAGAUGGAAGACCUUCUUGCUGCAGUAUCUAAGUCGUUGAGCGAAAGGGCUCCUGAACAUCCGAAUGGGACUGUGGUUGUACCUGAAGUCAAACAGACGCGCGAUGAAGCUGCAGUGGAGGUCUACGAAGAAGCGGAUCAAGAGACUUGGGGAUAUGAUGCAAACGCAAUGGAGUUUGAUGAUACGGGAGAGGGAGCAGGCGUCGAAGGCGACCUUGACGUUGAUGAUGAUUGAGGAUGUUGUGGUUCAAGGGAUGCAUUGAUGGACGCUCCUACUCAACGUCUCCGACAGCUCUUGAAUAUACCUCAGAUCUAGCUGUCACGAAGGCUAAGGAAAAAAUAUCAUCGUGAGGCAAAGUACAUCUCUCACAGAUCUUU